AUGCAGAUCCCGCGGCCGCUGCAGCGUCUCUUCGACCGCUUUCCCCUCCACACCUACGACGCCAACGACCUGCCCGAAAGGUCGCAGCACCUCACUUCCGGCCACCUCCCAACGCUUUAUGUGUUCUCCUCUGAGGAAGACGCCCGGCUAGGCGCGCCGAGCUUCAACCCGACGUGUCUGAAGUGGCAGACACUCCUCCGCCUCGCCAACCUCCAAUUCCGUGUCCUUCCCUCCACGAACCACGCCUCCCCCACCGGCUCCCUCCCCUUCCUCCUGCCGCCCCGCACAUCGCCCACCGCCUCCCCCCUCCCCAUUCCGGCCGACAAGCUCCUCGCCUACGCCCGCCAACACACCGGCGCCCAAAAACAACAACAACAACCACCACCGCCACCGCCCGAAUCCGCGCCAUCCCUCCCCCUCCGCGCGCAAGCCUACCUCUCCCUGAUCACCCUCUCCCUGCGCAACGCCUGGCUGCACGCGCUGUACCUCGACCCGGCGCGCACGGCCCUGCUGCGCAGGCUGUACGUCGACCCGUGCUCGACGUCGGCCGCCGUCCGCGCGGCGCUGCUCCACCAGCUGCGCCGCGCCGCCGCCGAGCAGAUCGCCGCCUCCUCCGGCAAGGUCGUGUCCACGUCGCCGGUGAGCAGCGCCGACGCGAUCGACGAGGCGGCCGUGUACGCCUCCGCGCGCGAGGCGCUGGCGGCGCUGGCGAGCCUGCUUUCUGAGAGCCGGACCGGUUGGUUCUUUGGUGUGGAGCGGCCCGGGGAGUUUGACGCGGCCUUGUUUAGUUAUACGCAUUUGAUGAUGGAGUGGAUGGGCGAGGGCUCGACUGCCGAGGGGAGGGUACCCCUGGGCAUGAUGGUGAGGGAGGCGGGGAGCGGGGAGUUGGCGAGGCACAGGGAGCGGAUGUUGGAGGUCGCGUGGCCCGAGUGGGAUAGGAGGAGACGUUAGGCUGGGGCGUGGUGAGUAUUGUAUGUAUGAAUAUCUGCGGUGACAUGUGGCGGGUAUGCUAUGUUGGCUUAUGGCUGGUAGAAUCAUAGACAAGUUAUGAAGAUACCCCCGAGAACCUAGAAUCAUUCCGGCUCGUCAGUAGCUGCCCACUGCCCCAUUAUACAAGACGCACACUGGAAGUGAGCCCACUUGGAGUCUUCUAUUGAGUUAAUGACAAACACUGAUGUCUUCCAUGCUUGGAUGCUCGAACGAAUAAACAAACUCGCAAUCUACCUCCGCAACCACCCAUUACUUCCUCCGCGGAAACCGUCCUUCCCGGACCCCGUCAACCUCAGUCUGGCCUCCUACUCCAUCCGCUCUCUCAGUC